AUGACCUAUGAAAUUGGGAAUAGAGAAAACCAAAUUGACUUCAUCCUAUGUAGACGGCAACACCUAAGAGAUAUCACGAAUUAUAAAGUAAUUCACGGGCAGAGUACAGCAUCACAACAUAAGGUUGUUGUGAUGGCCUGGGAAUAUGAGAGGAAAAGAAAAUGGAAAAUGCGGAAAGUAGAACCUAAAAUAAAGUGUUGGAGAUUGAAAGAGGAGGAAAUGAAAAUCGAAUUUAUAGAAAAGGUGCUUGAAAGGGUGAGACCGCUGACCUAUGUACAGGAAUGGUGGGAAAUUAAUAGUGAUAAGAGCAGUUGGGGAAGAGGUCCUCGGAAAAUCCUAGAGCAGUUUUUGAGGAUGGAACUCCAAACACGGGAUGAAGGAAUUGAUCUAGAGAAGGCCUACGAUAGAGUACCAAGACAGAAGCUCUGGAGAUGCAUGAGAAGGAAGCGAGUGCCAGAAAAAUAUGCUCGGAUCAUCCAGGACAUGUAUGAAGGAGCAAGAACUCAGGUGAGAACCGGUGUUGGCAUAAGAGGAUGGAUCUCAGUUAGAGUUGGCCAACAUCAGGGGUCCUCUUUAAAUCCUUAUCUGUUCGGUCUCAUUAUGGAU